CAUCAGGCUAAAUCGGUUCGAGCGAGAUCUAAAUAUUAUGUAGGAUUUGUUAUAUUUUUUAAACCAAGAAAGCCACCAAUAUGGCAAAUAAAAACUACUGGAUACCGGCAAAGAUUAUCCGACCAGAAAGUGAGCUGGCCGAGAAAAAUAUAAGGCACCAUUCGUUUACACCGACCUACGAGCAGGAGGAGCCCCAAAUGGGCCUUCUUCUAUCCUGGCACUACGGUCGACAGUGGCUGGAAGAGCGCAACAUUCAUGACAAGAUGACCAAUAAAAAGAUCAAAAAAGGCCAUAAAUUCAUUCCACCCGACUACAGCAGUUGGCUUGAAAAGCGCACUCAAAAAAAGACUAGAAAACAGCUAAUUUAUUACUGAUUAAGGUUGUUCCUCUUUAUUGAUUUCUGCUGUUUUUCAAUUACAAUGCUUACGCAAAUUUUGUAUCAAGUCAAAAAAUUUCUAAAAAAUGUCUGUUAAUUUUCAAGAAUAUUUUUAAUUUCAGG